CGUUAAGCCUGUAGCACCACACCGUUUUCGAAACGAAGGACACUCCUUUUUCUCACCCGCCACACCCCCCAACGGCCACCAACGGUUUCAUGUUCUUUUCUAUCUCUUCCCAAUGGAUUCCAUCGUCCACGCAGCUCUCGAAGAGAUCUGCUCACAAGGCGUUAAUGGACUCACCCUUCCAAUCCUCUGGCCUAAACUUCAAUCUCCACUCUCCUCUCAGGGCCUCCAUCUAUGCCCCAACGUGAAAAAGGCGCUAUGGACCAACCUCCUCAACAUUCCGGGCCUUCAAUUUGGAUCCCAAGGCGUUUCUUUCAACCAUCAAGACCCUUCAAUUCAGUCAAUCGAAGAGUCUGAGAAGCUGAAUUUGAAGAUUGUCGCCGCCGAGCAUCUUCGUAACAGCUUCGUCGGUAUUUACGAUAUCAAGGCCUCUGAUGCCAGUAUAUCUCAGCCCCAGCGUCGUGCGCUGGAACGCCUAGCUAUUGCUAGAACAAAUGGAAUUACCCAAAGUGAACUUGCUAAGGAAUUUGGCAUGAAAGGGAACAACAUCUUUUAUGUACUGAGGAAUCUUGAAUGCCGCGGGCUGAUUGUGCGGCAGUCAACAAUUGUGAAGAAAAAAGAAGCCUGCAAUGAAAGGGAGCCAAAAAAUAGUUCAAUUGUGGCCACCAACAUGCUCCACUUGUACCGUUAUGCAAAGCACUUGGGUACUCAACAAAGGCUUGAAAUAACCAAAGAGGACAAAACAUUGGAAAAUGACAAUGCUGAAGGAAGUGCUGUGAGUGUUGAUGGUGUUGCUGAAGAAUGUAUCAAAGAGGAUGUGCACGUAAAAGAUUAUCUACCGGCUUUGAAAGCUAUCUGUGAUAAACUUGAAAAAGCUGAUGGCAAGGUACUUGUUGUCUCAGAUAUUAAGCGAGACCUUGGUUAUAAAGGAACUUCUGGGCAUAGAGCCUGGAGAAAUAUCUGUCACAGGUUGAAAGAUGCUCGUGUGGUUGAGGAGUUUUAUGCGAAGGUGAACAAAAGGGAGGUCAGCUGUUUGCGACUGCUAAAGGAGUUUUCUCCAAAAAGCUUUGAGCCAAAAACUCCGGGAUGCGGAUAUGAUGAUCUUGAUACAGAACAACUUGCGAAAAUGGGAAAGAGAGGGCAAAUCACUGAACAACUUGUAGAACUUCCAAUCGAAUAUCAAAUUUAUGAUAUGAUUGAUGCUGAAGGAUCAAAAGGGUUGACAAUUACCGAGUUGCAGCAUGUUUAUAUAACGAAUAGAGUUUCUUGUCUUCAUUCUAUGCAUGGACUUGUUUUACCAUUGGUUUUGAACAGCUACACCUUCUUUAAAUUGGUAGAUAUAAAAAUGAGUACCAUAAAAUGGUUUGAGCUUCUUAAAACUGGGACUGACCAAGGCAACAUGCCUUAA